AUGCACCCUCCUCAAGUGGUCCCCUGUUACUACAGGGCUUCAAGGACAUUCGAACAGAACGAUAUUACUGUCACCACUCUCGUCACAUUCAAUCGAUUCAACGUCUGCUCCGGUCUUACAAUCGUCUUGCAACACACGCCCCUUCUGGAUGCAUUGCGUGACUUAUGUGUGUCAACGCCCGCGAUGUCAACCUACGUCGACAUACACCUCGUGUUCACACCCUUCGACCGCCGAUUAAAUACUUGGGGGAAUGCCGCGCGUUUAUUUUCCCGUACCGAAUUCGCCAUGAUGCUUGACGUCGACUAUAUCAUUUGCACCAACUUCCGCUCUGCUACCAGGGCUAGUCUAGAAGCUAAGAUUGGCCGAAUUUUGAAGGAGGAACAUGAUGCUCCUUGUGGUACCUGCACAUUACUUUCGCUAGUCAAGGUGAAGAAGAUCGAUAUCUUCCAUCGCACUUGGGCUCCUGGCCAUAACGGCACCGAUUAUCCGUGCGAUGAACGCUUUGUUGGAUAUAGAGGGAACAAGGCCGCUUGUCUUUACGAGGUGUACCUCUCCGGCAUGUCGUUUUAUGUCCUUGCGGAUCACUUCCUCGUGCACCAGAGUCACGCAUACGAGGAGGAAGCGCGAACACUUGAGCGCAAGAGUAACCGUAAGAUAUACCAGGACUUCAAGGAGGAAGUUUACCUCUGGUACUUGAAGCGCCACUACGAUUCUGGAACGCUUAACACUAGUCACGGAUACAACCUUCAAGAGGAAUGCAGGAAAAUCAGAGGCGUGUCGAAAAUUGCUGCUCUGGCGAGUUUCAUGCUGGUGUUUGCGUACCCUUCAUGCAUGCCAGUAACGGGCGGCCUGCUGCUUUUACCAGACGAGGCUGAUUAA